CAGACCGUACUUGUCUUUUUCUGGAAAGAACGGGAACAGUUGUUUAUGUAGGCUAAAGUAUUAGAAAAUAUGAAUUAUGUAUAAAAGUGUUUUUAAAUAUCACCUAGUGCUCAAAGUGAUGUAUUUUUCUUGAGGGCUGAUUGUUAUUUUGUUUCGAAAAUGCUGGAAGAAUCGCGGAAGUCUGGAGCUGACGCUCCUGUUGAACUGGAAAAUCAAUUUAUUUUGCGAUUACCUCCAACUCCAGCGGCUAGUUUAAGAGCAGCUGUAAGAUCUGGAGUAAUGAAUUUGGAAGAUAGACUAAAAAUUCAAAUUGAAAAUGAUAUGAGACACGCGACUGUUCAGUUUGAUAAAUGGACAUUGCCUGCUAAAUUACAUGAUUUGCCUUCGAUUAUAGAAUCAUGCAAAACACUUGACCGAAAAAUAUUUUACAAAACUGCCGAUAUUUGUCAAAUAAUGAUCGCCACAGAAGGCGAUGCUUCUAAGAGUGAUGAAGAAGUUUCACCGAAGAAAAAGGAUAAGGAUGCGAAAGAUAAACGAUAUAUGUUGCCUCAUGGCAUCACUGCUCCUUUAAAAAAUGUCAGGAAAAGACGAUUCAGGAAAACUUUAAAAAAGAAGUACGUGGACUUACCUGAUGUUGAAAAGGAAGUAAAGCGGCUUUUGAGAACUGACACAGAAGCUAUUAGUGUGAGAUAUGAGGUUGUAAAUGCAGAAGAUGAAAAGGUUGAUAAUAAAGGUAGUGAGAGAGAAUUUGGAACUGAAGGGCAACUGUCGCUUGAGGAAAGAGAGCUUAGUAAUUCUCAGACUGCGGAUGUUGCUGAAUAUGACAUCUUUGGUGAAGUCCUUAGCAGUUCUGAAGAGAGUGGAGAAGAAGACGAUGUUAAUGUAGUUGACGUUGCUGAAAGGCAAGAGGUCAAAUCUGAAGUUAAAGUUGAAGAACAAGAUAAGGUACCUGAAUAUGAGGAAGCAAAGAGUGGGAAAGAUAUUGUUGAUCUCUCAAAGAGCAUGCAGCUGAGUCCUGAUACUUCGGAGCAAUUUCAAGAUCAAGAUUACGGUACGGAGAAUGACAGUAUUGCAGUGUCGCAGUUGGAAUCUGCUACUGCUGGGGAAAAUUUAGGACAGUUAUUGAAAGAACAGAAAACGGAAGAGGAACGAAUGGCACUUAUGGAAAAGUUGGAUGAACUCGAGCAUUCUAUUUCGAACUUGCAAGCUAAACGCCGAGCACAAGAACUUGAAAUUAUGAGCAUUGAAAAUCAAGCACUCAAGCAAAGGUUCCAGGCCAAUAUAGAUCGUUUGAAACAAGACGAAUAUGAAAAACAAAUGGAAUAUAACGACAUUAUGAGUAUAUUACACGAUGGAUGAAGGAUGAAUUUAUAAAGAAUUUUAACGGUAGAUUGUUUAAAGUACAUGUUACGGUUGCAAUAGCAGGAACUUGAACAUUUGCAUACAUCUUGUAGAUUUGCAUGUGUAUUCCAAGAGCUAACAACUAUACUUUCAUUGUUAUCCUGGUUAUUAUUCUUGCUCAAUACAUUGAAUGAUAGAAAAGAAUGAAUGACAUGGUUUGUAGUUCUUUUCAUUCUUUUUUGAUUUUUGAAAAAUAAAUUCAAUGUAUUUGAUCCUAAAAAGUUCUAAAUUAAUUGACAUUUUUAUUAAAUUAAGUGCAUUGAAGUUUUUUUCCUUAUAUUAUGGGCAGGAAAAAAAAUAAGAUGAUUAAAAAGAUAAUAUUUUUCAUGAACAAAAACUAAAAAAAUUUUUUCUUUUGUCAUCCAAAUAGAUUUUUAAAUCA